AAUGGAGAGUGCAAUCGAGUUUCCGGACUUCUUCACCGUGAAAUUCAAUAACCAUGCAAAGAUUGACGAGAAGGAGCCAUUUGUGUUGUAUUCAAUCACAGUGCACACCAACUUCUCCUGCUAUCAUAUCUACAAGAGAUAUUCAGAUUUUUCCAAAUUAAAUGACAGAAUAAUGGCGAUAAAGAGUGAGGCUGAGAAUUCUACCCAUCACGACUGCUUCAAGAACCUGCCUGCCUUCCAUGGAUCAUCGCUGUAUUACUGGAACUUAGACGAGGGAUUUAUUCAGGAACGGAAGGGCCAGUUAGAGAAGUACUCCCAAUCUUUGCUACAAUUUUACCACAAAUUUUCAGAUAGAAAUCAUCAUAAAAAUGUUAUGUUCAAGAAGUGCAAAGUAAAAUCUUAUAAGAAAUAUUCCAUGAACUCUGUGAAGGAGCAGAUCGUGUCUGGGACCACCCAUCUUGACCUUGACUCCUCUUCAGAUACUGAUGAAGGAGAAACAUUCCAGAAUUACGAAAAGAACCAGCACCAGGAAAUCAAAAUUUUAGAUACUAUUAACGAAUUCUUCAGUGUUUCUGAAAUUUUUAAUAUUGAAACCACAAUGACAAUCAAAAUUCAAAGGGCCUUUAGGAGCUCUAAAUUUAAUUCUGGUCUGAGAAAAUUAAAGAAAAGUGUUUAUAGCUGUCUUGGCUAUACCUGAAAGAUAGACCAAUUACCUGAAGAGCUGCUACUCAAUAUUUUUACCUACCUUGAAAAAGCAGAUCUGUACAAAGCCAGUCAGUGCUGAACAUAUUUCAAAGAACUCUCUUUCCAUCGGUGACUUUGGGGUAGAUGUAAAAUAGUAAAUCAGAAGAAAGAUUUCCCAAUUGGAAAAUAUUUACCCAAAUUUCUAUCUAAACUUGACCAGCUCAAAGUGCUGGACCUGAGUUUCUGAAUGUCAUUAGAUGAGAAGAACAUCAAAGCUCUAUCCCCUCAUGUCUUUACAGGGAAUCUGAAGGAACUCUACCUCGAUGGUUGUGAGAAAAUUAAUGAUAAUGCUCUAACAGCUCUGAUGGGAGGAGAUCCUAAUCAUUUGGUUGCAGAUGCUGGGAAUCCACAUCUAGGGGCAUCUCUAAAAUUAAGAAGAAUUCCCACAUCUUAUUUCCUUAGAAAAGAAGGAAUCGAGCUACUUUCACUGAACGAAUGCCGAAAUAUCCACUGAUCUGGAGUAAUGAAGCUCGAGAAGCUUAAGUACCUCAAAACUCUCAAUUUGUUAGGCUGUGUAAGCGUCAAGGAUGACAGUAUUAAGCACUUGAACAACAAGAGUGACACUAUAGAGACCCUCAAUCUUGGCGGAACUGGAAUCACAUCUGAGUGUAUCUAUUACAUUGUAACAGAAGGAGCUAUCACUCUUAAAAAUGUUAAUAUUGUUGGAUGCAAAAAGCUCAAGAAUUCUGAUAUUGAACUCCUCAAAACAAGUGGGUUCAAUGUCACAGGCGGGGAAGAUGUGUUCAGGUUUAACUUGUUACCUGAGCCAUUCUCAGGACUUAAAAAGAUCACACAAAGUGUUUUGAAAACAAGGUCAACUCUUUCGAUUUUCAGGGUUUACAAAUAUCUUGCGAAAAGGUUGAUCAAUGAACUUAAGUAUUUUCCCACAGAAAUUGCUGAAAGUUGCUUAGACCACGAUGAAUUUAUCAAGGCAAUCAAUUUAGAAAUUCACUGACAUGGAGUAGCUCUUGAGCCUCAGCUGCAACUUAAAGAAGUGAAUGAGAAGUUUUGAAAUGGGAGUCAGGCUCUACUCACCUUAUACUACAGAAACAAAAAUGAAGAAGUAAAGUUCUCAAAGAUUGAUAAAGAGCUCACUAAAUUUCCACCAAAGCCACCAACUUGGAUCCCAGACAAGCUCUGUUAUUUCUGAUGAAAUUGUGAGAAGGAAUUUUCCUUCUUUUCCAGGGUUCAUCAUUGAAGAGCCUGUGGGAAAUGUUUUUGCUCGGCUUGAUCCAUGAACAAGAUUAUUCUUCCUCAAUAUGGUUAUACAACGGAGGUCAGGGUUUGCAUCUCUUGUUAUUGAAGGUACUCUUCAUCUGGCUCUCAAGAGAUUCCAAGGCAAUCCUCAGGGCGUAACGGAAACUCUAUUAUCUUUGAUGGAGCUGUUCUUAUCUCCCCAAGCGGCCAGAACUUAGGCGAGAACGAGAGUCACAGGAUAAUGUAGAAUUUGAAAUAAGCUUAUAUUUCAAUA